CACACACACACACACACACACACACACACACACACACAAGAGUUGCAUUAGCAGAAGCGGUGAGAGAACUUUUGUUGAAUUCACACUAUUUCUAUGCUGUUUCUUUUCUAGCAAAUAAAAAUAGUGGAGUUGAUCGAUCCGAAUUAGGGUGCAUGGAUUUGAUUUUUCAGAAACCUGGUUUUCACUUCCAGAGUACUCCAAUUUUGUUCUUUAUUUUGCACACUCUCUGUUAUACAUUCACAUGAAUGGUGUUUAAUUCGAAAUUAUAUAGAUAUCAUGCCUGUGGUUUUGUUAGAAUUAGAUUUGAUCAUGGAAAUUAGGAGCCAAGAACUAAAUAGUUACUACUCCUAUAAGCUAAGCUGACUUGAAUUUCAUAAGUGAAAAGAGCAGAUGGAAGUUCUUUUGUGCUAAAUCAUAGUUUUAAGAAUUGCAACUUAUUAUUGCUCUUUCAUUAUUAUAAGUCCUUAGUUAAUGAAAUCUCAAUUCAAAAAAGGCACAUCAAGAUUCUGGAAUGAUGUGCGUUUCCUAUUUUCAGCCAUGUCUUGGAAGAUUAUAGUGGUGUUGUUGAUGGGGUUCAUAGCAUGGGCUUACCGGGCCUUGCGCCCACCAGCCCCUCGGCUGUGUGGCAUGAAGGGCGGGCCAUCCCUUGUAGGACCUAGAAUCAAACUUAGCGAUGGUAAGCACAUAUCAUACAAAGAGCAUGGAGUCCCCAAAGAGGCAGCCAACUACAAGGUCAUCUUAGUUCAUGGCUUCAGCUCUUGCAAACACGAAGCCUCCAUCACUGCAACGGAGAUGGUAGAAAAACUAGGCAUAUACUUGGUCUCCUUUGAUAGGCCGGGUUAUGGGGAGAGCGAUCCCGACCCAAAGAGAACCAUAAAAAGCUUAGCAUUAGACAUAGAAGAGCUCGCAGAUCAGUUGGAACUCGGUUCCAAGUUUUACAUUAUCGGAAUUUCCAUGGGAGGACAGGCGGUUUGGGGAUGCCUCAAGUACAUUCCCCACAGGCUAGCAGGCGCUGCAUUGUUAGCUCCGGUUGUGAACUACUGGUGGCCUAAUUUUCCUCCAGCUUUAGCUACAGAGGCAUACAAUCUCCAACCUGUGCAGGACCAAUGGGCGUUGCGUGUGGCACACCACGCCCCAUGGCUCGUCUAUUGGUGGAACACUCAGAAAUGGUUCCCUGGCUCCAGCGUUGCUGCUGGGACACAAAACCUCACAGUGCCCGACCUUCAAAUCAUCGCCCAAAUGGCAGCAUCAGGAGUAUCUCACAGGGAGUAUGCAACGCAGCAGGGAUUGCACGAGUCCUACCACCGUGACAUGAUGGUUGGAUUCGGGCAUAGGGAUUUUGAUCCUAUGCAGCUUGAGAAUCCGUUUCCCCACGGAGAGGGAUCUGUUCAUGUGUGGCACGGGGUUGAGGACGGCAUCGUGCCAGUCUCUCUUCAACGAUAUAUUGCAGAGAAGCUUCCAUGGAUACAAUAUCAUGAGCUGUCAAAUGCUGGACAUCUCUUCUCAUGCGGUGAAACUGCUAUCAAAGAUGCUAUAUUCCACAAGCUUUUCAAUAUAGAUGAUCACUGAUAUCUGGAUUCAUUGAGUGUGAUCCUUACUUAAAUUUAUUCCAAUUUUAUAUGCUUCUUUAUACAAAUAAGUUUUACUAGAACAA